AUGGAAGUGUCAAACAAAGAGGUGAAGCAGAUUUUGGAGAAAACGUUAAGUGGAAAUAGGAAAGACUGGGCCGAAAAACUUGACGACGCAUUAUGGGCAUAUCGAACUGCAUACAAGACCCCCAUAGAUACUUCUCCGUAUAAGUUGAUUUAUGGGAAGGCGUGCCACUUGCCCGUCAAGCUUAAACACAAAGCCUAUUGGGCGAUUAAAAAGCUAAAUAUUGAUAUAGACUUAGCCGGUGAGAAGAGGUUGUUACAACUCAACGAGCUUGAUGACUUUCGAUUGCAUGCGUACAAAAAUGCCAAAUUGUAUAAAGAAAAAAACAAAAGAAAGUUUAAGUCUCGAUGGGCAGGUCCUUUCGUUGUGGUAAGUGUGAGGCCUCAUAGAGCGGUAGAAUUGCGUGAUACGAGCUCAAGUGGUACCUUCUUGUUGAUUUUGGUAAACCUUGCUGCACUUUACAAAACCUGCAAGGGAGAGCCGGAGUACAAUAUUGAGGUACUAAGGCGUGUGCUUUCAGGUGAAGAAAAGGGGCCAAUUGCUAAUACAUUG